AUGUUGAAACCAUGGUUUUUGUUCACACUACCAUUGUUCCCUACAGUCAGCAUCGUGGUGACUGUUGUCGGUGGCCUCCUCACCAUACUGGUCAUCUGGACACGUCCGGCCCUACGGAAACUGGUCAACGCGCCUCUGGCCAGUCUUAGUUGUGCAGGUAUCCUCUACGCCACGUUGUUUUCCCCCUUUUGGAUCCAGCAGAUCCUAAACCCCCAAUGGGAGCCCCCACCAGCACUGUGCUGGUUUCUAGGCUAUUCCAAUGUCGUGCUAGGGGGGGUGUCGGUAACCCACAUGUUGUGUAUCGCUCUUCAGCGUUACUUCAAGAUCUGUACCAACAGUAUACUUCUCAAUGCCACACGUGCCCUCGUCAUCAUGCUCUUGCUCACAUGGUUGGUCCCCAUGGUUUCAUUCUUGCCACUUUACGUCGUUGAAGAACCCAAAGUCGAUCCAAAGCUGAAACGGUGUUCGUUGGGAAGAUCUGACAAACUCUGGGCAAAGAUUCCCACAGCCAUUUUAGUCUACGUCCUCCCAUAUAUUGCUGCCCUGGCCUUUUACACCCUCAUCCAGAACCAUGUGACAAAGCCUGUAGGAAAUCUGGAGGGUGUGGUGUGGGUGGGGGACGAAAUGUCCACAUCAAGUGAUGACGGACAGAAAAGCAGUAACUGCACAGAUCCAAGUAAACAAAAGAGCACCAUGAUCUUAGUCGCUCCAGCACCAGGCACUGGUCAAAACGACCAAGGCAAAAAAUCUCCCUUAAGUGAUGAGGAACAGAAGGGCAAUUGCCGCAUAGAGCAGGAUAAAGUCCAAAACAUGACCUUAACUGCCGCCACAGUGUCAGAUCAGACAGGCCAAACUGAACGACAGCAGCACGCUGUCCCUUUCAGCAGCUCACAAAACUGCAACAGUGCUGCCGAAAGGCAGAUCACCAAAAUGAUGAUGAUGCUGUUUGCUGUCUACACUCUGUGCUUUAUGCCCUUGACCCUGAUGGUGUUUUUUUCGAGUAAAGUUCCAGCCGAAGCCUUUACUGUUGGCCAGCUGUUGGCCGCAUUGAAUGGUGCCCUGAACCCGAUCGUAUACGGCGUCAUGAACAAAAACAUUCGCCAGGGGUACAAGAAUACCUGGGACAGGGUCCUCAACUUCAUAAUGUGA